AGUACUGAGGUCAGUCUGUGUGAUUGUGCAGCGACAUUGUGUAAAUAAUAGAUGACAACCAGCUGCUGGUGUCAUUUCACGGGGAUGGUCCGUUGUCCUGCUGCACAUAUCAUGAACGACGUCUACACUUACCACUUCCGCCAUGCCGCCCAUCCGACUGAGCUGCUUGACGCUCUGAGGCAUUUCUACCUCCACGGCCUGUUUGCCGACGUGGCCCUGCGGUGUGGCGACUCCGGCCGGGUGUUCCACUGCCACAAGGCGCUGCUCGCCGCGUGCAGCUCCUACUUCCAAGUCAUGUUCACGGCUGACAUGAGGGAGAGGUCCGACAGUGUCAUCACGCUGACCGGGGUGCACUGCGGCGAGCUGGCGGCCCUGGUGGACUACGUGUACACGGCUCAGGUGAGCAUCACGACCAAGAACGUGCAAAGUCUGCUGGAGGCUGCCGACCUGCUGCAGUUCGCCGCGGUCAAGCAAGCGUGCGAGAGCUUCCUGGUUCGCUUCCUGGAUGUGGACAACUGCUUGGGUAUGCACGCCUUUGCUCAGCUCCACCUGUGUCCCCAGCUGGAGCGUGAGGCCAGGAGGUUGAUGCUGAGCAGUUUCCCAGAGCUCAUCCAUCAGGAGGAGUUCCUUGAGCUGGAGCCAAAAAGAAUCCGAACGGUCGUGGCUACUCAGAAGCUCAGUGCGCUGAAGGAUGAAGUGUUGAUAGACGCCGUGACCAAGUGGGUGACGCAUGACUUGGAGAAGCGUCUUCAUCAUGCUGUGGACCUGCUCCAGUCCAUCCAUCUGGACCUGGAUGAGACCGAGUUCAAGGCCAGCUUAGAGGUGCAAAGGCAGUGCUUGGUGGAGAGCGAUGAAGGCUUCAAAUCCAUGAUCAUGAAGGCUUCACGACCAAAGGAGCUAUGCACCGCUGGAAAAAACCCAUCAUGCAUGUACAUCAUUGGAGGGUACUACUGGCACCCUCUUUGUGAAGUCCACAUCUGGGACCCCGCAAGUGACACGUGGCUGCAAGGUAAAGACAUGCCGGAUCAUGCGAGAGAGAGCUACAGUGUGUCGUUACUGGGGGCGGACGUCUUUGUGACAGGAGGCUACAGGACCAACACGGUAGAAGCCCUGGACACGGUUUUUAUUUACAACUGUGACUGUGAUGAGUGGACUGAAGGCUCCCCCAUGAUCACAGCUCGGUACUACCACUGCUCUGUGGCUCUGCAUGGCUGCAUUUAUGCCUUAGGAGGCUACAGGGCAGGAGCUGCAGAGCAGGAGACAGAAUGUUAUGAUCCACUCAAGAAGAAAUGGUUCCCCUGUGCAAGAAUGAUCCAAGGUGUAGGAAAUGCCACCGCUUGUGUCGUAGGAGAUAAGAUCUAUGUAACUGGAGGCCACUAUGGCUUUAGAGGGAGCUGCACGUAUGAGAAAAUCCAAGUGUACACACCAGAUAUCAAUGAAUGGAGCAUCAUGACUGUCAGCCCUCAUCCAGAAUAUGGACUUUGUUCUGUGUCUCUGGGUAAGAAACUUUUCUUGGUGGGUGGGCAGACGACGUUUGCCGACUGCUUCGACACAGAGGGGGAGGAGUGGAGCUCCAUAUCGGUGAUGAAGGAGAGGAGGAUGGAGUGCGGUGCUGCCAUGAUCAAUAGUUGUAUCUAUGUGACGGGAGGAUAUUCCUACUCUAAAGGGACUUAUCUGCAGAGCAUUGAGAAAUACGACCCACAGCUGGACACUUGGGAGAUCGUCGGCGCUCUUCCAGGACCUUCUAGAUCACACGGAUGUGUCUGUGUUUACAGUCUGUAAUGUCCUCAUCAAUUCUUGUCAUUUUCAUUACUUACAGUCUCCCUUCUGAUAUUUUAGCCUUCAUAUUGCGCCACACAUUUUCCAUGUCUGGACUACAGGCAGGCCAGUCUAGUACCCGCACUCUUUUACUAUGAAGCCACGUUGAUGUAACACGUGGCUUGGUAUUGUCUUGCUGAAAUAAGCAGGGGCGUCAAUGAUAACGUUGCUUGGAUGGCAACAUAUGUUGCUCCAAAACCUGUAUGUACCUUUCAGCAUUAAUGGUGCCUUCACAGAUGUGUAAGUUACCCAUGUCUUGGGCACUAAUACACCCCCAUACCAUCACAGAUGCUGCCUUUUACACUUUGCCCCUAGAACAGUCCUCAGUAAUCCAACAAAUUACACAUGCUUGUUAGGAACUAAGUACCAGACUAGGUUUAGGACCCGAGAGCCCUCUGUUGUCUCAAAGUAGACAAACAACUACCUCUUGCCAUACCUCUAAGCUGGGCUAUUCAACACGUGGCCCGCGGGACUGAAUCCCGCCUUUCAGUGGCAGACAUUUUUGCAGUAGAUUCAUGAAGAGCAGAGCUCUCGUCAUAUAGAAGAUCUUUGACUGUUUUGUAUUAAAUCCAAAGUGUUCCUGUCACAUAGAGAGAGGCUCUUUGACUAACAAUGUUGCUGUAGUAUACACAAGAAGAGCUCUCCUGUCAUAUAUACAGAAGCCAAAAGCAGUGAAGUUGUCACGUUGUGUAAAUGGUAAAUA